CUCUCUCUCUCUCUCUCGAUCGAACAACAAUGGCGAACAGGUCACAUAAGAGUUUCUUCAUGCCAAUGUUUUGUCGAUUCUCCAUAAAUGACACCGUCAAACCUGCCAAAUGCUCCGAUUCCUCUUCCGCAGAUCCAUCAUCCCCAAAACUCAGCUGCAUAGGCCAAAUCAAAAAGAGAUCCACCAACACCAACAACAUCAACAUCAAUGGCAACGAUCGAUUCCUUUCUUGCAGGUUCUCGGCUUCCACCACCGGAAAAUCCUCCGUUCAUAGUUACAUCAAGCUCCACAGACUCUUCUCCGGCAAAAACCUAAUUUCGCCAGGCAUUGACGCUGUUUCUAUCAACACUUGUAGCAGUAAAUCUGUGACGAAGAGAAGUAGAAGUUGUAAUGGUAGAGGAGGAAAACCGAUUGGUACGAAGAAAUAUUACAUGACUAGUAGUGGUGAUCAGGAUGCUAUGAGAGUUACGGUGGCUGAAGAACUAGAUCCGCCAUUGCCGGUGAUGACUAGUAGUGGUGAACAGGAUACUAUGAGAGUUACGGUGGCUGAAGAAUUAGAUCCGCCAUUGCCGGUGGUGAAAACUCGCCGCGGAGAUCAAGAAGCGAAUGUAAAUCUAUGUAAGAGACGUGGUAUCGAAAUGAAAACUCUCCAGAUUCAACCAAUUCAAUUGCGUAUAGAUCAUAAUACCAACAAUAACAAUGGCAAAUUUUCACUUCCGACAUCAGCAUCAACCUUCUGAUCAAUCAUCAGAUCAGGGAUCGCAAAAGACUUUCCCUCUGUUUUCACGUGUUCAUGUAUUCCAUGUUUGGAACAUAGCUUGUGUUUGUUAUAACUAAAGU